AAUCUUCCAAAAAGAUUUUAUAUUCUUGCUUAUAUAUAAAACAAUGAAUUGCUGAUUUGAUACUAAUUUUUUUCUGUGUAAAAAUUGACUAAGUUACAUUAAGAGUUAACUUUUUGUACUAGUUGUAUUAUUUACCUUUUAACUCUUUAAUUAAUCACUACACACUACAUAUUACUAAUAAUAGCUGAACUUUUGACACAGGGAUCCGUUGAACGUGUAGAGGCUCCUAGGAAGUUUUCAAUAAACCGGACAAUCUACUGUGCUCCAUGGCCUUGAUAAACUGACAACGUUUCGCGUCGCCAUAAUGAAGCGCAGCCUCUUUAUCGGCGACAGUAUUAUCUCGUCCUGUAGUUGCAUUUUCGCAUUGUGUCCGGAAGUUUUCAGAUUGCACCCGCACGAAAUGUCCUUGCAAGUGUAGAACACGGUGAGAACGGAGAAACCGGGACGAUGAUGUAGAAAAACAGAGCUUGCUCAGGCAAUGUUUCGGAGAUAAUUGAAGCUGAAUUCAUUGCACACAUGACCUAAAAAAAACUGCAAGUUAAGACUUUACUAUGAAGACUUUGACAUAUAUAUAUUUUUUUACGAAAGCGAUAAAUAAAUAAUUUCUUUUCAAUUUGAUCAUCUUUUGAGGAAGGAAUUUGAAUAUAUCGCAUCGAGCUGAGAACUUCGAUUGAAACGCCGCAAUUCACCCGCUAUCUUCAGAUCGUUAAAAAGCGCGGAUUGCACGGAGAGGUGGCGAGCCGCAGGUUCAAGUAACGCUGUCUGUACUUUCGGACGAAACGGUCGCACGUCGCCUAGCAGUUACCCGCGUUUUCUGUACAUGCAUUGUCGCACGUUUAAAGCGUAUAGAAAGAUCUCAAUCUCCAGGCUAAUUACGCCUAAACGCGCAAAUUUGAUAGAGGCACGUAUUUGAUUGAAGUAAUCCAUAUAGAGACGCGUGUUUGGAAAAACGGGAAAGAGGUUAACCGCUUCGAUUCGGCAUCUUAACCUUAGCGUCAUGUCGCGCGAUAUAAAUCAAAGUGAAGUUGCCGGCGUGAAGUUGUCGCCGGUCGAAACGUUUGGUCGCCAACGGCAACGGAGACACGACGGUGAGUGUCGGUCCCGAAUCGUGACACGUUUAAUCGGGAAAUACUUACGCCCGUGCAAUUAGUUGCAUUUCGGUAAUUAGCGCGUGUCAGAUCGUGUGUUCUCGCGUAUGUGAGUGCCAUGGAGAUUGAUGAAGCAGCAACGAAGAGAGGAGGAGCAGGCGUGGGAGGUGUGGGGCGACAGGUCGAAGUGACCGUUGGCCGUUGCCUUCGUGACGCGAAAUCCGGAUGCCCUUUGAGUGCCUCCCAGGAAUCGGGAUUGCGGAUGGUUGAAGAUCAGGAUGUCCUACGCGCGUCGCGUGUUACUUUUACGUGGAAAACGCACUCCUAUUCACCCCAUUCGGCGACACCUUCGACGCUUGUCAGCUCGGCUCGGCUCGGCUCCGUCUCAGUUCAGCUCGCUCGCACCCAUGCGGCCCUCUCGCUCGCUCUUCUCGCGCGCGCAAUGCGCGGCGCGCCGCGGGCGGGAGCGGACUCGCUGGAUAUAUACAUGCACACGCGAUAUCAUAGCGGCGAGCAGUCGACACGCGGCACUCGUACGAAGCGGGUCUCCUCGUGCUCUCCUUCCCUCCUCUUGCGGCCGAGGGAGAGAAAGGAAGAAGAGAGACGCAACAUAGCUUGAGAGAGAAAAAGAGAGAAACUCGAAGAGAGAAGUGUUUUAACUCAUCUUCGAUCUUCCGCACAACGCAAAAUCUUCAGCGGCGAAAAUCGUCGGGAGGAGCCGCGAUCUACGAUAUUAUACCACGGAUCAAUCGUGACGGUGUCUUGCGCGAUGACGUCGCCGUUUGUCAACGGGAAGAGGAAGCACGACGUGAAGUUUCCCCGUUGGACAUCCGGCUCCGGUCUUGGUCUCGCGGCGUGCUCUUAAAAUGCCGCGCGUCGGCUUCUGAGAGAUCGAUCGCGUCAGCGAAACAACCCGGCUCUCCCUUUUUCUUCCAUUCUUACGGACGUGUCGCUCCGUGAGGACGACGCUCGAGGAAAGAUCGCCGUGAACGCGGAAGUAACCGGUAUCAGCCAGAACCAACUGGAUUCGGGAAUACUAAUUUGUUUCUUGGAAAAAUUUGUCCGUGACGGAUACCACAGGUGGGUCGUCGCUCGUCGAAGGACCGACCAGUCAUCCGGUAAAAGGAAGAUUUGCUAGUACCGGAGUACCUUCAGCGGAGCCUUCAAAGCGGCACCUCGCGCUCCGAUCUCCGAAUCGCCGGCGUGAGACCGAGCCACGAGAUCGUAUCCCUGGCUAUGGGCAAGUUCCCAAUAACCCUCCGAAGUGAUACUAUUCGCGACAACGUAAGUACUGACGGCCAGCAGGAGCGGCAGAAGAAAACAACAACAACGACGACGGCGACGGCGACGGCGGUGGCGGUGGCGGUGGCGGUGGUAGUCGGUGGUGCGGAGGCGCGAUCCAGCGCGACGAACGGCGCGAUCGCCGAUAACGCUACCGCCGAUCCCGAUCGUCGUCCUAUCGCGUCGACAUGCAGGCGCGUGUCGAGAGGAGAGGAGUACGCGCGGAGGCGCUCCGGGAUCGCUGAUUCGUCGCAAUCGAUCAGCGGCACUCGUAGCGCUCUCGUCGCCCGCCGGAGGCGCCGGGACGCCGCGAUCGACGGCGCGAUCACGCGGCUACGCAGAAAUACGUGGCACGCGGAAAGUAAAGAUGAGGCCGUGCGGAUGACGGAUCGCGAUCCGAGCGCGUCGUUGAGAACCGACGUUAUCGGCAAUUGCGCUGAACGAAGCUGCGCUCUCGAGGCGCAGACGGACUCGACAGGAUUUUGGAACGUCAGUAUCGCCGACGACGACCGCCGCACUUGUUGCGUCCCGAUCGACGCGGCCACGUUGCUCACGCGGCGCAGACGAGUCCGCGAGCGGGCGGUCCGCGCCGAUCUCGUCGAGCGGCAGAAUCGACGAGCUGGUAGCGUCUUGCUGGCUCGCAGCAGGUCCGUCAUCGGCACUGAGGAGAUAUUCCGUAGCGCGGUGGAUAGUAUUACGAUAGGACGGGAAGCCCGAACUCGGUUCUUCGAGAUUCCACUCAUCGCUACCGUAGACUUUACCAAGUGUAACAAGCGUACCUUGUGUAACAACGCCACGAGUAACGACGAUCAAGACAACGUGAACGAUGGAUCGUCGACAACCGUCCGCGAGAUCGGAGGAUCGAUCGACAGCAGUAUCAACGCGGAAAACUCUUCAUUUCCGGAGAAUCCCGCCAGACUGAUUAGUAUCAUCGAUUCUUCGUGCGAAGAGCAGCCACGCGUUCUUGCCGAGGAAACGGUGCACCGAAGAGGUACGUCGUCUAUGUCGCGAUUUCCCGCGAAAAUCGAUCCCGGUGGAAACGCGUGGCGAACCAAGACGGACACACGCUGGAGAUUGCCGAGGAUUGGUUUCGUCCAGCGAGCUCUUCUACUGGGACUGCUCGCCACGAGUUUGCUCUGCGACGCGGUGCUAGCGGCGCCGCAGUCAUCGUCGAUCCUCACGAACGGCGUCGAAGAGGAGGACUUUGCGAUGCCGAGGAACAGCCUCGGCGAUGACGAACUGGAGAUCAUCAGGAGGAGCAUCGUGCAGGGCCUCGGGCUUCAGAGGAUACCUGAUCCUUCGAAGGCGAACGUGAGCCAGGCCGAGUACGAGAGAGCGCACAGAGAGUACCUGAAACAAGUGCAGCUGUCGCACGACGGGCAGAAAUUUCGAACGCGACGGGAUCUCCAUGUAUUUCAAGCUGCUGAGCAUCCGGGGAACAAGUCAACGAGCCACGGCUUUAGCCGGAGGGGAGGGUACCAUCGUCACUCCCUGUACUUUCCCGUCGCGAUUUCCGGCGACGCGGAGGACGUCACGGUCGAUCACGCGUCCCUGAGAUUCCUCCUCCAAGGCGAUCACAGACGUCCGCGCGAUCUCGAGGCGCUGGUCUAUCUCCGCACGCCGGUCUCCCGGCGUCUCCUGCUGCGGCGCGGCAUCCCGCAGGGCGAGCCGACGAGUACCCGAUGGCUGGAGUUGGACUCUACCGAGGCAGCCGCGAGCUGGCUCGAGCACGGCCUGGAGAACCACGGCCUCGAGCUAGAGUUCCUCCACGACGGCCGGCCGACGCGACGCGAGAUCUCCCACGCGACGUUGAACGUGUUCGCCGCGUCGUCGGAGCCCGGUGGCAGGAGGAAGAGGUCCACUCCCGAGGAGCUGAUGCCGCUGCACAAGGGCCGGCGUAGCAAGUGCAAGGGCGACAACAACAAAAAGUGUUGCCGGCACGAGCUGACGGUCAUGUUUAAGGACUUGAAGGGCUUCGAGUUCAUCGUGUACCCGAAGGGCUUCGACGCUGGCUACUGCAAGGGCCGUUGCCCGCCCCGUUACAAUCCGGCGCACCAUCACGCUCUGCUGCAGAGUCUGCUGUGGAAGGAGGACCGGAAAAGGGUGCCCAAGCCGUGCUGCGCGCCCAGCAAGCUCGACCAGCUGAUGAUCGUCUACUUCGAUGAGAACGAUACGACGCAGCUGAAAGUGUCCUACUGGAAGAAUAUCCAAGUGCUGGAGUGUGCCUGCUCGUGAAAGAGAGGACGUAGAGGAAAAGAAAAAGCGAAACAGUCUACCAUGGCCGAGGACUCACCAAAGAAUCGUCCGAAUUGCGGUUCGGUGAUGCCACGCAUUCGCGUUAAGAUACUAAUAAUAACAAAUAUACUGAUAAUGGUGAAAGUAAAGAAAUAUACUGUCGAUCGAGCGACUUUAGAACUUUUUCGUGCACCUUUGCGAUCCCUUUAGACUUCCAUUUUUUCUUUUUUUUUUUUCGUACGAUUCGGACGAUCCGAGAGGCAUCACCGAACACUCAGACCCUGUAGACUCGCUCAGGGUCUCGCAUCGACUGUGAUACUAACGAUAUUUACUUGUCAUUAUAUUCCUUAUUACAUAGCGAUUGUAUUUUGUAUUAUUAAAACAUUUUCGCUAUAUUCGAGCCUGGUUAAAAGAAAGCGAAUCGCUGCGAAUCGUCGACAAUCGCAAGCAACGAUGCCUAUGUCGAUCCGCCUUUCUUUUUAAUUAGGUGAGCAUUUCCCCGUACGAAACGCCAUAACGUCAUCGUGUAUCCAUAACCCAUACCAUCUAUUUGUUAAUUUAUUAUCACCACGUAGGCUUCUGCGAAACGAGCGGGUCGAUGUCUAUUAAUGUAAUUUGUGACACAAGCUAAAGUCUUCGCUCUACCGAACUGUUGUUUUGUAUCGAGGUUUUUUUUAGUUCCUAUAGAGUAUUACGACUAGAAUCUCCGAGUACUCCGCAAAUCUCGCUCGACUCCCCCGAAUGCAGUCAAACGAUCGUGAAUACGUGUUAAUACAUUUUUACGUUCUUGUAAAAAUUAUGAAAUACGUUUUCUACACGAGAUCCACGCCAAUCGGUGGCCGCCGCACGCUAAUCUGUAUGCGUAAUUAUUUCAAGCUCUAUCUGUGAAAUAAUAAUCUUCGCAUUGUAUCUACGAAGUAACAUGUAUCGUAUAUUUAUCGGACGCGCAACAAGAUCGAUAAGAAACAUUGUUUCAUUCUAAGGCACCGAUAUAUCAAAUUGUAUAAAAAUUUAUGAUCGCGCACUAUUGUAAAUUAUAAUCUAAUUAAUCACACCCAGCGGCCCUCUUACCAUCAUUAUUCCUGUCCCUCUUAUUGUCAACUUAUCUGAUGAUGGAGAUCCAUUUAUAGUGAAGUCUUAAAUAUAUGAUCUAUCAGUUUUCAAUAAAAA